AAGUAGCAAAGUCUAGUUCAUAUUAGCGUUGCAGUUCGCCAUUAGGGAUAGAAAUUGCUCAAUAAUGUGUAAUCUGCCCUUGGACUAAGCGCCAGCCUUUGGUUUGACCAAAAUCAGUUUUGAUAAAUCAUCAUGUUUGCUCAAUUGGUUAGCGUUUAUCUCAAAAGCAUGUUAAUUAACACAUUCGCAGUGCUCUACUAUAAGGGGUUGGCAUUCACGUUUGCCGGCAUUGGUAACUAGUGAUAUCAAGCUCUUUAUCGGAGCAACACAGCAUCGCAGCGAUUGGACGUGGUGUUAAAGAUUUGACAAAUAUUUGCAUACAUAAUUGCACCCGCUCUUCACUAAUCUCAAAGAUAUUAUCUGUGUUUCAAAUGUUAUACAAGUUAAAAUUCAAGACAGAAAUUUCGCGGUGGUGCAACAAAGUAUUAGAUUCGAGUAGUGCCAAUCGUUGUGCGAGAAAGCUAGAUAUCACCUUAUCGUGACCAUUUACUACAUAUCUCUCAACUGCUAUAGUGACGUCGAAGUACCGAAUUUCACGGCGAAAUGAAGCAUCGGAAAGUUUACAUCACGUCAGUGGACGAGGCUGCCAAUCAUCAUCCCGCACCAUCAGCAUCGCCGUUCCCGGUGGGACAAUUGCCACAUUCGGCAGCCGGACAGCAGAAGCAGCAGCAGCAGCAGCCGCCGCCGAUUCCUUCCAUAGAUCUGGCCAUGUCUUUGAACAAACAUCAACAGCUUGACCGCACGGGCUACGACCCAGAGGAGACACAGCAGAUAAACGCGUCGUUGCAUGGCAUGUGUAAUGGAUUGGAAAUACAACAGAACGGUGAACACACGCAAAAUUUGGGGCCGAACCGUAGACGCUCCAGUAAGUCUAUCUUCGUCCGGAAUUGGCCCAUUGUAUCACAACCGCUUGCUCUGCUGGCAAUAUUCGCCCUUCUCUGGGGGAUUGCGUAUUCGGUGCUGCCGAGGGAACUCACCGAGCCGAACACACCGUUCAUGAGGCUGUGGUUUCUCUUCGUCGGAGCACAAAUCAGCGGCAUCCUGGUUUCGCUGACUGGGCUGCCCGAUAUGCUGGGAAUGCUGUUUUGGGGCGUUCUGUACACUAAUGUGGGCUGGGCGGAAUUCCAAGGAUUGCAGAAGGUGGAGGUAUUUCUCAGAGAGUCGGCCCUCGUCAACAUAAUGCUCCUGGCGGGGCUCGGUUUGGACUACGAUUCGCUGAAGAGACUCUUUCGUUUCAUUAUGCAACUCACCCUGAUUCCGACGGUGGCUGAAGUGGUCGCAAUUGCCGUGCUGUCCAGAUACCUGCUGGAUUUGCCCUGGCUUUGGGGCGUUCUGCUAGGCUUGGUAGUGACGGCAGUUUCGCCGAACGUGGUCGUGACCGUACUGCUGCGCUUGAAGGAGGAACGUCUCGGCAUGAACAAAGGAAUUCACACAUUAAUCAUCGCCAUGACAAGCUGUAAUGAUGUCCUAGCAAUUUUCCUAUUUGGCGUCAUUUUGGGGGUGAUAUUUUCCACUGGUAACCUUACUAGUCAGAUCCUCCAAGGACCAAUCGGUAUCGUAAUUGGUCUAGUCUUUGGCGGUGCAUGUGGUGCUGGCUUGCUCUACCUCCCAUCCUAUACUGCGAAAUAUACCAACGGGUUGCGCUUCACGAUUACGAUCCUCGCGGGGACACUCUCGGUAGUCGGUAGCAAGCUGAUUGGAUAUCCCUCGGCAGGCGCUCUGGGGUGCAUCAUGACGGCAUUCGUGGCGGGAACCGGUUGGAAGAAACGCAUCGAUUACGACACCAACGAGGUGGAAAUGUAUUUGGACUUGCUGUGGAAGUUCCUGAAGCCAGUAUCUUUCUCGUUAAUUGGAAAAGAAGUCAAUUUCUCGGUGCUGGAGGGCAAAACCGUUCUGUACGGUGCUAUUACACUGUUGGUUGCAGUGGUGCUUCGCCUGGCAUUCUCGUACAUUUCAACACUCGGCAGUGACCUCAACUGGAAGGAAAAAGCUUACGUAACGCUGUCAGGUUUUCCGAAAGCCACGGUUCAGGCAGCCUUGGGUCCAGCCGCUCUGGAUUUGGCCCGCAGCUUGAAUGCAACAGAUGAUCUACCACGUGCUCAAACGGUGCUGAUUGUAACUGUUCUUGCAAUCGUCUUUACUGCUCCAUUGGGUGCACUCCUGAUGAUAAAACUUGCUCCGAGAUGGCUGAAGAAAGAGUUGCCCGAAACAAAUGGGGCCUAAACAAAUGAGGGCAAAUUGUGUACUGUAACUAUUUUUCGGCAGGGACUUAACUCAUACACAAAAGAAUGGCGAUCUAUGUCAUGAGUGACUUUUAUUGUUGGCAAAUGCAAUAAAAAGAAAACAUGAAAUACAAUCUCUACUUAUAUGAUCACUUUGAAA